AUGCUGUCCCGGCUGUUUUUUUCUGCGGCCGCUGCAGCGGCCCCCUGUCUGAAGAACGCAGCUCUCCUUGGUCCAGGGGUAUUGCAGGCAACAAGGAUCUUCCACACAGGGCAGCCAAGUCUUGCCCCUGUACCACCUCUUCCUGAACAUGGAGGAAAAGUUCGUUUGGGGCUGAUCCCCGAAGAAUUCUUCCAGUUCCUUUAUCCCAAAACUGGCGCAACAGGACGCUAUGUGCUUGAUAUCGGACUUGUCCUAUAUUUUCUGUCCAAAGAAAUAUAUGUGAUUACUGCAGAGACCUUCUCUGCCAUAUCAACAAUAGGGUUGCUUAUCUAUGUAGUUAAAAAAUAUGGUGCCUCUAUUGGAGAAUUUGCUGAUAAACUCAAUGAGCAAAAAAUUGCCCAACUAGAAGAGGUGAAGCAGGCUUCCAUCAAACAAAUCCAGGAUGCAAUUGAUAUGGAGAAGUCACAGCAGGCCCUGGUUCACAAGCGCCAUUACCUUUUUGAUGUCCAGAGGAAUAACAUUGCUAUGGCACUGGAACUUACUUACUGGGAAUGGCUGCACAGAGGAUACAAGGAGGUGAAGAAUCGCCUGGACUAUCACAUCUCUGUGCAGAACAUGAUGCGCCGAAAGGAACAAGAGCACAUGAUAAACUGGGUGGAGAAGCAUGUGGUGCAGAGCAUCUCUGCAUAG